UUGAGGGAUAGAUAAUCGGUUAUGAACUUAUGUUUAAUUUGAUAUAUGAGUUUUUGCUUUCAUUUUCUUUAAUUGCAGACUUGGGUUUAUAAUUGAUUUUCUCUCAAAAGCAACACUGAUUGGAUUCAUGGCUGGAGCUGCCAUUAUAGUGUCUCUACAACAACUCAAGAGUCUUCUUGGUAUUACAAAUUUUACCAAACAAAUGGGAAUAAUCCCUGUUCUAAGUUCUGUUUUCCACAGGACAAAUGAGUGGUCUUGGCAAACAAUAUUAAUGGGAUUUUGCUUCUUGGUUUUCCUCCUAUUGACCAGACACAUAAGCAUAAGAAAACCAAAAUUAUUUUGGAUUUCAGCUGGAGCUCCUCUUCUAUCAGUGAUUAUCUCUACACUGCUGGUCUUUGCACUAAAAGCUCAGAAGCAUGGCAUCAGUGUUAUUGGAGAACUACAAAAAGGAUUAAACCCUGUUUCAUGGAACAUGUUACACUUACAUGGAAGCUACUUGGUGCUUGUAAUUAAAACAGGCAUUGUCACUGGCAUCCUUUCACUCACUGAAGGAAUUGCAGUUGGAAGGACUUUUGCUGCUUUAAAAAACUAUCAAGUGGAUGGAAACAAAGAGAUGAUUGCAAUUGGAUUAAUGAAUAUUGUUGGCUCCUCUACUUCCUGCUAUGUCACAACAGGUAUUAUAAUUCUUCCUCAAAAUUUGA